GUAGAUUGCAAGAAGCGCCCCGAGAAGCGCCAGCGCUGCGACAAGUGUACUGUGUACCAGCUGUAGCCUACAAAAGGACUCCCCCAAUGCCAAUGGGGAAUUGAUCGAUGGGACCACUUCGAAGUCACAAAGGAGGGAGAAAUGGCGGGUCCCAUUGAAUGAACUACCAGACGUAACAGAAGGUGUAGCAAUCGAUGGCGUCUGUGGGAACCCCCACGUCUGACACUUCCUUUGCUGUGAGCCACAGUGCAGAUCAGAAUGGGCACGAAGAAGUUCGGACGCUCUUUGUGUCGGGGUUGCCGGAAGACGUCCGGGAAAGGGAGCUUUACAACCUAAUGAGAACGUUUGAAGGAUACGAGGGCAGCCAGAUCAAACGAGCUGCAAAAAGCUCAAAGCCUGUUGGCUUUGCCACUUUCAGAACCCAAGCUCAGGCGCUGGCUGUGAGAGAAUCGCUCAAUGACACCUUGUUCGACCCGGACAUCGAUGCGCGGUUACAAAUAGAUCUGGCUAAGCAAAACUCAAAAGUACUGAAAAGGGGCAGGCCAGGGGAACUGCAGCAGCCUCGCGAGAAGAAGCUUCGCAGUGCCAUUCCCCCACUUGUGACCCUUCCUCCGCUGGAUUCAUAUGCGUUGGCAGCGGCAGCAGUUGGAGGCGCCAACAGCCCCUUCUCCACCCCAACACUCCUCCAAGGCUUGCUGGGAGCACAAAGCGUAGCGGGAACCUCCAGUCUUUUUGCCAACGACCCUUAUGCUGCAGCGCUUGUAUCCCACCUGCAGCAACAGCACCAACAUUCUCAGCAGGCUCGGAACCUGCCCUUUGGAUCCAACUUUGCCCCCCUCAAUGUGGAGCGCUCCCCCAUCAACCCGCCCUGCUCAACUCUGUUUGUUACAAACCUUGUGGAUGGCACGAAAGAGGAUGAGCUGAAAUCUAUGUUCAUCCGUGUCCCAGGCUUUCGGAAGCUGCGCCUGGUGCAAGGGAACGGAAAGAGGGGUCCAACUGCUUUUGUGGAGUUUGCGGAUACGGAGGCUUCGUCACAAGCAAUGCACCAGCUCCAAGGGAUCCCCCUCCGCUUUGCGGAGUCAGGAGGACUGACCGUGCAGUUUGCUCGUCAGCAAAUGCGACCCUCGUCUGCUACCCAGUUCUGAGGCGCUGGGGUUAUGAUUGGAAGCCUAGGCCCUUUGCUUUGCCAUAAGCUUGCUCUCUCAGUGCCUUCCAAAGGAGGGCUUGUAUACUAGGUCAAAUCUGCAUGACAAUGUCUAGCCACGAUCAAGCUACCACGCAUGACGUUGAAUUCAUCUUUACCAGCUGGGGGCUAUGGUCGUUGUACAAAAACACGCUAGAAACAUCUUGCCUGCUUACGGGGUAUUUUUCAGACGCCAGAAGCUCGCAACAAACAGACUAGACAGCUUUUGUAACACACAAUUAACCUCCUAACACAUCUGAUAGGCAUUAGG